UUUCUGCAACUCCAAACAAGAAACCGAAGGUUCCAGCACCUGAGGCAGACUCUGAAGAGGACGACCUUGAAGUAGACGAUGAAGAUGUCGAUGAUGAGGAUGAUGAUUUGGAUGAAGACAGCCUUGAUGAUGAGGAGCUAGAUGACAGUGAGGGCCUUAGUGGUGAAGAUGAUGAUGAAGUACCCCAAUUGGUGGCAGCUGGAAAGGCCAAGGCGAAACAGAAGCCUGCAGCAAAAGGAGCUUCUUUAGAAGAAGGGAGCGAGGACGAUGACGAUGAUGAUGAAGAGGAUGAUAGUGACUUGGAUGAUGAGGAGGAUGAUGAAGACGACGGCGGCGACGAAGAUGAAGAAGAUGAGGAGGAGGAGGAGGACAUGCUCGUCAAGAUAAAGAAAGUAGUCAAAGCGGAGCAGGCCAAGCGUAAAGCAGCAGAUGAUGGGCCGACAGAGCAGACAAGCAAGAAAGCCAAGCAAGGAGAUGGCAUUCCAAGGUCACUCCUCAUGGAUGUAGAUGAAUACGACAAGUUGUUCCUGUAUGUGGGCAAUCUCCCAAAAGGCUGCACUAUUGAGGAAGUGAAGGACCUGUCCCCUGACAUUGUCAGUGUGCGAACGAAUGUCAAAUUGGGCGAAAAGUUGUCAUUUGCCUUUGUGGAGUUCAAAAGCGAGGCGGAUGCUGAUCGCAACUUCAAGCGCCUACAAAAGGCCAGCCUGCGUGGCCACCCUUUGAGAGUGGGCUACCGUGGUGCCAAGCGUGCUGACCUGCCUUCUAACUGGCAAGAGGUGCAGAAUGAGCUUUGUGUGUAUGGCCUGCCCCAAGGGUUAUCACAGCAUAGAGUUGCCAGGCUCUUCCCCACUGCCACCAACGUUUCCACCAUGGCUUUCUACACUUUGGUGACAUUCGAGAGCAAGGAUGCCUUGCUGGCUGCCCUCAAGAACAACGCAUGCCAUUACAUGGAUGGGAAUCCACUCAAGUUCUCCUAUCGUUUGAAGCCUGCUGGUGCAGGCAAGAAGAAGAAGAUCAGAAGGAAGAAAUUGAGAGAGAGGCAGCAGCAGACGGAGCUUGGAAAGCCAUCCGAUUCCAAGCCUGGCAAAAACACUCCAGGAAUGCCUGGAAGAAAACAAAAUGUAGUGCCAGGAAAGAAGCUAUUUGUGAAACAGACAGACAGUCCUGCACAGGCAAAGACGUCCAAGGCUAAAUUUGAUGCCAAGCGCAAAGAGAUGACAAAAGCUGCUCAACCUGCAAAGCAGGGAAAGGUUCAAAAGCAGUAAAA